GUUCCAGCGAACCUCGCGUAAUGGGUGAGGGCACCUGCGCCCUGGGGAGUAUGCGCGCUGCUUUCCCUUCAAGGAUUCCCUCCUGCGAGGCAUAAGUCACAAACCAGGCGCAGUGGACUUAUUGAAGGCAACGCAAGACGUCGUAUCCCAUGGAGCUGCCACUUAGCUGGCAUGACGCGUCUUUGCUUAAGCAUGAACCUCUGUUGACUUACUGUGUGCUAUACUCUCAUGCCCAGCGUCGUGAAAGCAAUACCAUUAUCAAUGACUUCGUGGAGGAGAUGCGGAAAAACCAACGAGCCCUUGCUGCAGUUCAAGCAUGGAUCCGCCUGGCAUUUCCACCAGAAAAUGAUGAGACAGACAUCAUAAAACUCUCUGCCAAUGAUCCAAAGAUGUUGGCCAUCUUCUUUGAAUUUUAUCGUCUAUUAGAAGCAGGGAACCGCCCAUUGGACUCCUACCUUACCCAGAAGAAACGUGAACUCUUGAGCGGUCGCGCCACUCAAGGCACACGGUCUGGCCGCGGUGAGCACAGCGCAAGGGCGCGUAGACAUGGAGUCAAUGACGGCCGCAACCGUAGUAGCGGUCCGGGUCGUGAUCGCGGUCGCGGUCGCGGUCCUGGUCCUGGUCGCAGUCGUGGUCGCAGUCGUGGUCGUGGUUAUGGUCGCGGCCGCAGCAGUGGCCAGGAGGGUCAAAGUCCGGCACCUUCGACAGUUACCAAGGCGCUACAAGAGCAUUCCCGCACGUCUGAGGCACCUGAGUCCAAUAAGGUUCCCGAUGGUAAAUGCAUGCACGACAGUUCGGGUGGCAUUUCUUCGAUUGAUAUGCCGAUUUCCCUGCCAUUACUCAAUCAGGAGGAUUGUCCAGAUACUGCACCUUCACCGCCCGUUUGUCAAUUACCAAGGGAAAUACACCCAGGACUGGCCAGUAGCUCGCUGGGCAAUGUUGACAGCACUACUCCUGCUCAUGUAGGACAAGGUACACAAGUCCUUGCUAAUGGUAACCUGUCCUCAAACCACGGCCGGGAGGAUAGCGGCCUACAAUCUAACGAUUCAGAUCACUUCGUAGCGCGAUCUUCCGAAUUGAUGGUUGCAAGUGCACUUCCGCAAUCUAGACGGUCUCUUCGCCCCUUGCCACGCAAAGUAGCGACAAAGUAUAUUCCACCAAGACAUGGACAACAGAGUUCCUAUGCUCAACUCUCGAGACAAGCCCUCAAUCAGGAAGGAGUCGAUCGUUUAUUGACAGAUAUUGGUAGGAACGCCUCGUUGAUGCACUCCCAGACAGUCUCAGUGCAUAUGGAGGACUGGGCUCGCGAUGAUGAUCAAGACGAUGUCGCGGAUGUCGAUAAUAUUGCCAACGAACUUGAUAUACCUUCAGUCAACGAUACUUUACCUCCGUUGUCAGGCUGUAAGGAGGUGGCCGACAUCAAUGUGCCAACGAUGGAACAGCAGAAACCUCAUUUACCUGUAAUGCCGCCAAUUUGGGCCGAGUCUCGCCAAGAAGUCUGUGAAUCAUUCGACUACUUUCGAAGCUAUCAGAGUGGUGUUUAUUCUUUGAAGGAUAUUGUCAAAGGCUAUCUUUUGGGUGGAUCACCCGCAAGCCGUGAUAUCUUUCAUUGCGGGGGAAGAUUGAUCGUUUCCCAUGGUGGCGGUAAAGCUGAGAGCAUCCUCGAUUACCGGGUUGGUGCUGCUCGGUUUCAACAGGCUCAGGAUCAAGAAGCCACAGACAAAUCCGUCCGUGCUCUACUAAAGAGCUACACAGACAAACGACCUCUGGUUCUUCUAGCUGAUGAUAAGUACGCUCUAUUCCCUUAUGAUCUUAGUGCCUCGGGCUGCACGUAUGUCGUCCUUGGAUUAUAUUGGAUAUCUCAUGCAUGGGCCGAGUAUCAACCCGCAUCCAAUGGCUGCGGAAGGGUUGUCCGCUGGAAGUUCGCUUUCCAAUGGUGCGAAGGACAGGGAAAUCCGUGGUGGAUUUCAUCCGAGAGCGAUGAUGUGGAUAUGCCUCCCGAUCCAAUCGGAGGUUGUCGGUCUGCUCCCAGACAAGAUCCGUCGCCGCCAGAUGCCGUUGUUAAUAUGGCAUGCAAUAAGUGUUCUCAGAAGAGUCCUGUUGUUUAUUCACAGGGAUGGAUGUGUCUGAACCCUUCCUGUACUUCCUUUUGGAGUAUAGGAGGACGAGAGCUGGAACAACUUGAUUAUAACGCCUCAUUCUUACGCCCGAUUAAAACAGUAUUUACCAAUCUUCCAGAGCUUCGCCCUGCGAAACUUAUUGAAACGAUGGAUUCCAUCACUACUUCGUAUGCAUUUAGCAAGGGAUGGCACUGCGAGAAGUGCGGGCGCCUUUCGAGUCGGUUCAAAUGGGAACAUUGGGAAUGUUCUCAUUGUCAUUUAAUUCACAAAAUUCCCGGAAGACUGCGGACAGCAAAAGAGUUUUGGCACCAACGACCACCAGCAGAUUUUCUACACUCGCAAGUUGGAAAACAAUCAGGGAUCAUCGCUUGUCGUCCAGAGCCAUUCGAACUGGGCGAUGGCGGAGGAUUUACAAACCACCUCACUUUCAUUCUCCCUAAUGAGAUAGGAAGGAUCCAUCUCUUAUUGGGUACUCCAUUGGCAAACAAACAGGCGGACGAGAUAUUCCGACAGUAUCAGGAGCAAGCUGAAGAGGGAGAAUUGCUUCUGAGAAGAUACCCACUCAGGCUUAAAAAACUUCGUGGAACUUUCCUUACUAAUUACUUUUCUCAAAAUUCGGGUGAACCAUACCAGUAUGUUGGUGGAACAGGAAAUACCGUGCCUUUCGACAAAGCGCCAUCAUCUGUGUGUGGUGCCCUCGCCUUGAUCAAAGAGAGAUCUCGUCUCGCUCUUCAAAAAGACAUCCCAUUCAACGAGAUCCUCAGCGCUGCAUAUAUGGAAAAACAAAAGAUGUCUUUCCACAGUGACAGUGAGCGCGGGCUGGGUCCUGUCGUAGCAUCCCUUUCACUAGGGUCCGCGGCAUUCAUGCAUUUUCGUGCCCGUGCUACAUCAAAGGAGCCAAAACACUCAUCGUCAAAUGUGUUAACUUUGAUCCUCCGGCACGGAGACGUGCUGAUCAUGGAAGGCGAUGGUGUUCAACAGCAUUAUGAGCAUACUGUCAUACCCAUGAAUUUUCGCAUUGCUGCCACCGCUCGUUGCAUUGGAACUGCAUGAUCAGUACCGGAUGUAAUAAGCGAAAUUGAAUUUUUGGUGUGAAAUGCUACUAUGUUUUCGUUCUAUAAUAUCGCUUUGUUUGCCCCCUUUUGUCGUUCCUCGUAAUUCCAUUUAAUAUACCGAGUCGCAUUUUAUCCAGUGUGCGACCGUGUCGUG